GCAUGCUCCAACAGCACCAUCUGGUGGCGGAAUGUAGGAACUUCCUGUCUGACGGACUCUCAUCCGGGUUACUGGGUCAGCUGACCAAAACACGGAAGUGCUGAAGUUCGCUGAGGAUGUGAGCAGCAGAGGAUCAGUUUACGUCAGAAAAAUCAGCUUUUUCUUCAUUUUUCAAAGAUUUUCAUCCAUUUUUAAGUAGCUGCCUCCUCUCUGGCUCCGCCCACAUCCCCUGCUGCGUCUGAUGAUGACCACCAAGGUGUUCCGCAGUCCAGGUCGCCAUGGUUACGCCGUGGAGGCGUCUCCGUUCAUCCCCAACAGAUUAGCCUGCGCUGCGUCACAGUACUACGGGAUAGCAGGUUCUGGUUCCCUGUUGGUUCUGGACCAGACGGAUGCUGGGAUGGUCCUGGUCCGGAGCUGGGAAUGGGGCGACGGCCUUUUUGACGUGGCGUGGAGCGAAGCUAACGAGCACGUCUUGGUGGCGGGAGGCGGAGACGGCAGCCUGCAGCUGUGGGAUUCAGCCAAUCAGACGGCUCCGCUCAGAGUGGCCAGAGAGCACACCCAGGAGGUUUACGCGGUGGACUGGAGUCAGACCAGAGGGGAACACCUGCUGGGGUCCGGGUCCUGGGAUCGGACCGUUAAAGUGUGGGAUCAGAACCUGGGCCCGUCGCUGGUGACGCUCAGAGGUCACGAAGGGGUCGUCUACAGCGCCAUCUGGUCUCCUCACAUCCCAGGAUGCAUUGCUUCCGCCUCAGGUGAGAAGAUAAACCUCCUUUCAUUCCUGGUUGAUCUGAACAGCAGGAGGCGCCGCUGCUCCUUCGCCUCCCCCACUGGUUCAGGUUGGUUUCUGAUGAAGAGGAGGAGGAACCCGAUGUGAGAUGAAGCCUGGUUCUGACCCGAUCAGCCUGCUGAUCCAGGACCUGCAGGCCUGACUGCGGACCUGGACUCUGAGGGAACCGGUUUCUAUCUGGGUCGGCCGCCUGCAGCAGCGCAGAGCUGGGAACCCGGUUCUGCUACGGAUACUAACAGCCAUUGGUCCGGAUCGCUGGUACCGACCAGCAGGAAGUAGGAGUUCCUCGCUGGAACGCUGAGGGCGGCUGGACGCCGCUGGACGCCGCUGGACGCCGCCGGUU